AUGUAUCUUCUCAUUCUUUCCUUUAUCCCUUCCAAUAUAAAUAAGAUUAUCAUUCCUCUUUUGCCUACAUUUUCCUUAUUUCCGCUAUUUACCCCCACCCCUACAAUCUACACACCUUUUAAAUCAAAAGUUGUUUUCUUUUUAGUGUCUUUAUUGCUUUCCCUUCUGGUUUUAUUCUGUUUACGUCAUAUUUGCUUUGUUUUCUUGAUAUUCCCUAUUUCACCAGCCCUAUUUUUUUUUUCCUCUUCCUGCCUGCGCACCUUUUCUUCCACAUCAUUUAUUUAUUCUUUCCAAUAUUUAACCUUUUCUUUCACCUCUCAUCUUUUUCUGUCUUCACCUGUUCUCUGUACUGUUUCUUUUUCUUUCUUUGCCCCUCUUAUUCCUUAUUUUCUCCUACUAUAUAUUCCAAAUUUUGUUGUUCUUCCAUCUGCUUUUUUUACCAUUCUUUUUCUUUUGGCCCUUCUGUAUUUCUUUUGGCCAUUCCUUUCUUUUUUAACUUUCUUUUCAUUUCUUUCUUUUAUCCACUUCUCUCUUUUUUUUCUUCCUUUCUCUUUAUUUCUUUUUGCUUUUCUUUCAUUCUUUUUCUCUUUUGUUAUUUCAAUCUUUCUUUCUUUCUUCCUACUUCUGCUUCUUUCUUCUGAACUUCCCGCCUUUCAUUCUAUUUACCCAAGAAUCUUUUCUUUGUCAAUUUCUCUCUUGAUUCUCUUCUUUGAAAUAUUCUUUCUUUGCUUUUCUACUUCUUUUUUUUUUUUCCCCUAUUUUUCUAUUCUUUUCUUUUUCUUGGGUCCUUCUUUCUUUCAUUCUUGGCUUUGCCAUUUCUCUUUUUUUUUUAUAUUUGCUUUCUUCCUUCCUUAUCUUUCCCUUUAUUUAUUUUGUCCUUUUUUUUUUUUUCAUUUUCUAACUUUUCUUCUUUCUUUCUUCCCAUUUCUUCUUUUUUCUUUUACCCUCCACCUUUCAUUCUAUUUACCCACCAAUCUUUUCUUCAUAAAUACAUACUUGAACCUUUCUUCAGUUAUUUUUCACACCUUCUUUCCUCCUCUCUCUCCAACCCCACUUCACUUCUUUUUUUCUUCAACCAUCAAUAGCAGCACCAACCAUUAUCAUCACUCCAUUCAUUGCAGGUCGAGGCAAAUUUUAGACAGAAUUUACUAG